GAUUUGCCACUCCUCCUCACCCACCUCUACCCCCCUGGCAGUAGACGACUCCACCACGUUGGCGGGACUCGCCGCCCGGUCGAAAACUUUCCGGCAGAAAGAGAGGUGCUUGAGCCGGCUUUUUGGCUACGGCUAUUUCUCUUCGCUUCCAGCUAUUUCGCACGUCCUGGCUAUGGAUUAGCGACAGUUCGGACAAGAGCGCUUAGCUUUCGUUUCGCUUAGCCGGCUACAUUGUUGUCUAAUAUGACGUCACGCUCGAGUGGGCCGAAACGCCGGAAAAAAAGGACACUCGUGAUUUGAGAGAGAGGACGGGAGAGAAGGACGGAUCACAGGGACGGAUGGCGAGCAGCAGCAGCGCCACGACAGGAGUGAGCGGUCGGUCCGCGGUGCCGCGGUCAUCAGCGGCAGCAGCGAUUCGGCGAGCGUCGGCGGUGGAGGCGUCAUGUCAGCGGAGGGCGGCCGCAUCACGGUCAGCGUGCACACCACCACGGGCGGACGCAUGCAACUCGAGCUGCAACCCCAGUGCAGCGUCGCGUCCCUCAAACGCACGCUUUCCGCUCGACUGCGGCUCGCCAAGGACCGGAUAGUCCUGCUGCACCGCAACAGGCAGCUGAAAGACGGCACGCUCGACUCGAACAACGUGCGUGACGGCGAGAGGCUCACGCUGCUGCCAAGCGUGGAAACCGGUAUCCAGACGGUGAGGCCCGAACAAAGCGUCAUGCAAGCGCUCGAGUCGCUCAGCGACGCGCAGGUGGACAACUUCCUGUGCGGACGGGCGCCGCUGCACCUGACGAUGCGACUCGGGGACCACGUGAUGUUCGUGCAACUCCAGCUGUGUCCCCCCGCGGACACGCCCCCGGCCACGCCCACGACCCCCGGAUGCCCCGCCCCUCCCCAGCCUCCUCCACCGGCGGCCCCCACGGAAUCCCUGCCCGGGGCCGGAGGGGCGGUGAUAGACCAUCUGCGCCACUUGGGUCAGGGCGUCUACUCGGGUAGCUUCUCGGGAACGCUGGGCCCCGAGCUCCAGGACGGUGACGGUCGCCCCCGUCGCCACGUCGCGACCAUCCUCCACAUCCUUCGCGACCUUCUCGGCGCGAGCCAAGGCUGGAAAGGGGCGGGCCCGAGCCCGGCCCCCCGACAGGCCACACCCCCCGCGACGCCUCCCACAUCCCCGCCCCCCGAAGAACCACCCCUACGGCGCCAAGAAGAACACCGGCUUCUGCGGGGCAAGCUCGACCAGAUCAGGGCGACGCUCCGAGAACGCCGGAGGGCACGGCGGCGGCCCCAGCCGUACCCGACACCUACAGGAUCAUCGGCGUCUUCUGCCUCGGACGGACCAGUCCCUGUUUGAGGCCUCAAAUGGACCCGUCACCAUUUAAGGCCUUGAACGAACCCAUCAGCUUUCGAGGCCUCUAUUAGAACCGUCACCACUUCAGGCUUCAAGUGAACCCGUCACCUUUUGAGGCUUCGAACGGAUUAUCCCGUCGACAUUUGAGGCCUCCAAUGAACUCUCCUUCAGGCUGCAGACAGACCCGUGGCCUUGAAUGGGAGGACCCGUCACCUUUCGAGGCUUUAAAUGGAUGAACCCAUCACUGCACGAGGCUUAGAACAAACCCGUCGCCACUUGAGGUCUCCAAUGGACCCGUCGCCUUUUGGGGCCUCGAACGGACCUGUCGCCGUUUGAAGCCUCCAACGAACUCGCCCAUGUUUGAGGCCGCGAGUUUUCUCGCGCUUCACACCAAAGUUGUGGGCAGGGGUCACACGAACAAAGGGAGCACUCCUCCGGGGAAGGGGCACACCUUCACCACUCGCUUUGGGGUGCCGACGACGGCGGUGUUGCCGUUGUGGUGCGCUCGUUUUGUCUCAGUAUUAGGAUCUUGUCUUAUUUUUCCUUCACAACUUUUUCUUUUUAAAAUUGCUUUUAUUUAAUUCUUUUUUUUUUUAUAUAUAUGUAAUUAUUCACGAAUCCAGUCAGUGGUUUGCUUGAGCUGUGUGCAAGAGUUUCAAGAGUCUAGAAACGGCACAGCCCUUGUAGAGAGUAUUAACGCGUGUGUUCCUUUUUCUGCGCGUAGUUUUUUGCAGUUUUGACAGUUUGGAGUAUUACGAGCAAGCAAAUUGAUUAUUUUAGCCGGUUUUUGUUUAUUGUCCCCGUUGUUUUUGCCUACCUCAGUAUUUUUUUUUCCUCUAGCCGUCAAAUCUGCUACUGCACGAUGGCGAAUGACAACGAUUAUUGGGAUGGGACACAAAUGUACAGCUUGCAUUGGCCGUGGCCGACCAGUAUUUCCUGGGCGUGCUUCCUCAAUAAAGUGCACGUCACGUUUCAGGACUUGCUAGCAAAUAAAAGGAAGUAUACCUGGUCAUGGCAAUA